AGAAACGCGAGUGAAGUCAUGUCCGCUGUUGUGAACGCGUUCUUGCGAUGCGUCGCGUUCUUGCUGCCGCCCUCUUGGCUUCAGUUUUGCUGGUGGGUUGGGGAGGCGUCAUGGCCCAAUCCCAGAGCGCGCUUCAAACACACAAAGCCUCUUACAUAUGAGGAAGUAGUAGCUCAAGACGACCCCGAGCUCGAGCCCGUCCCCUCUGACAGCCCCGCGUCCGAUCGUUCUCCGUGGCGCAGAUUCUGGACGCUGUGGUGGUCCGCCGCGGAGCGCGUCCUCACGGCUCCCUUCGCUCUUCGCAAACGCUUGGGAAGUUUGUUUCCGCCUUGCGGCGUCGCUCUCGACUCUCCGCCGAGCGCAGAGACUACCGGAGCCGCGGAAGAGGACGCGUUCAUGGCCGCGAUCAUGAGCGUCGCCGCCGAGCUGCAAGCGACGUCCGUGGACACGCACCUGCGGGAGAUGAGCGCGCCGGUGACGAUCACCGUGGCGAUCCAAGCCGCGGAGGACGAAGAACCGGACGAGGAACCUUCGGCCAACACCAUCGAGCUGCACACGGGCAGCGGCAGCGACGACGAGAUCGAACGACACGAUAAAUCCAGUGGUGCCGGUACCAGUGGCGGAGAAGAGGGGAGCUGGCAACCUCCUGAUCCAGAGUUGAUCCAGAAACUGGUAGCGCAGAUUGAAUAUUACCUGUCUGAUGAGAACCUGGAGCACGAUGCCUUCCUGCUCAAACAUGUCCGCCGCAACAAGCUUGGCUUCGUCAGCGUAAAGCUGCUCACCUCUUUUAAAAAGGUAAAGCACUUGACGCGGGACUGGAGAACCACAGCAUACGCCCUGCAGCACUCAAACCUGUUGGAACUGAACGAAGAGGGCCGUAAGGUGCGUCGCAAAGGAACUGUUCCGGUUUUCCCAAGCGAGUCUUUGCCGAGUCGCAUGCUGUUACUUAGCGAGCUGAAGUGUUGGCCAGAGCUGGGCUUGGCACUCGGAGGGGACGGCAGCAACGGAGCGAUCGGAACAGGUCCGACGCAACAGGAGCGGCUGAUGGAGCUUCUUCUGAAGGCCUUUGGAAACUACGGCACGAUCGCCUCUGUGCGGGUCCUCAAACCUGGCAAAGACCUGCCGGCCGAUCUGAAGAAACUCAGUGGACGCUACGCUCAGCUAGGGGCGGAGGAGUGUGCCAUUGUGGAGUUCGAAGAGGUGGAGGCUGCCAUGAAAGCCCACGAGGUGGUCGGGGGAGAAGGGGGAGGCAGGGGGCCGUUGGGCCUUAAUGUGGUCCUGAUCGGUACCAAGCCUCCUAAGAAAAAGGUACCGAAAGACCGGCCGCGAGAAGAUGCCGCAGGCGGCAUGCGGAAGAGCCGGUCUCUGAACAGCCGUGUACGGGAGCUGCAGUAUCAUGGUGACGACUCUGCAGCGAGUUCUUCAGAAACUGAAAGCAAUCCCACAUCUCCGCGCUUGGCGCGCAAGUCUCGCUCCUGCAACAAGCUCAGCCCCACCAGCGCAGGACCCAACCACCUCAGCCCGGUCGUCUCCCCGCGCUCCAGCCCCUGGAGCAGCCCACGGGCCAGCCCCAGCACCCAGCGCAAGACUCACCACUCUGGCAAGUCGCUUCUGGUCAGCGAGGGCAGGUUGAGUCCUGAACCGGGACGCCGUUGGGCAGACUAUUCUUCAGACAGCAGCCUGACGCCCUCGGGCAGCCCCUGGGUUCAGCGCAGGAAGCAGGUAGCCAGUCAGGAGAGCAGUCCCGUCGGGAGUCCCAUGCUAGGCCGAAAGAUCCAGAACGCAGACGGUCUUCCACCGGGUGUGGUGCGGCUCCCCAGGGGUCCCGAUGGCACACGUGGGUUUCACUGUGCUCCCUCUGGUGGAGAUGGAGGCAAGACUGCAUCGACCCAAACCUGACUUUAAUACUCGCCUGUCCACUCUCAUCCCACAGAAGUGUUGCUCACUAGACCCUCAAACUCUUGACGCUGUUCGAAUUGUCAUCAUCUCUGAAGGACUGGCCUGGUUUCUAUAUGAUGUUUUUCGUUAACGUUUUAUACAUCUUAAUUUGACUCGUUUUGGACUUGGUGGUAUUAUAAGAAGGGAAGCUUUGUUGAAAGCAUUUAAGUUUUAAAUUGUCCCCUUACUUUUGGUGUUGCUAUGAUGAACUUUAUUGAGAGAGAAUUUCCCUGAUUCAGUUUUUUUUUGUGCUCAAAACAUUACAGCGUGCGUCUGACUCUUGUGUGUAGAUGUUGUAAAUGUGUUUCUGGUUACGGGUGUGUGGGCUUAACGGUAAAGGCCUUCAGUUCUUAUCCUGUAACGCUACAUGCUGUUCUUCUAAAGUACGGCUGUGAUCUCUUAACCUUCACACUGGGCCAAAUGAAGAUCCCCAAUGAAAAUAUUUGUUUUAUUUGCUUUAAAUAAGAUUAUUUUCUGCCUUUGGACCUGUUUCUCGUUUUAGUAAUUUAAUUGUUAUCUGGGAUCUGUUUAUUUUCCUUGAGUUGUCUUGGCUUCCUCUGAUCGCAGCUGAAGAGUGUUUGAGGUUUCUGUACUGAGCAAAAAAUGCCUUGAACUGCACUGAGGCUGUUCACAUUCUGCUUCCUAUUGUACAAAUAAAUCACUACAGUCGCAGGCA